AUGAAGCCUGAUACUGUUUCUAUAACAACAUCAGCCCAUGGUUUGGGUGGACUGGGCACAGUGUGUAUCUUCGGCACUGGUGAUUUUGGUCGUUCUUUGGGGCUACGUCUGCUCCAAGCAGGGUACGAGGUUGUCUUUGGGUCCAGAGACUCGAAGACUUCAACCCCGCUUGAGGACUUUCACCCCGGUCCAAAAGUCAUGAGUCACGCAGAAGCAGCCAAAGAAGCACAGGUGGUUUUUGUGGCAGUGCAACGGGAGCAUUACGACUUUUUGACCCCCCUGAUCCCCGUUCUUCAGGGGAAAGUGCUCGUGGAUGUUAGCAACAACCUGAAGAAAGGUCUUUACCAAGAAUCCAAUGCUGAAUACCUGAGUAGUCUGGUACCAGGAGCAGUUGUAGUCAAAGCAUUCAAUACCAUUUCAGCCUGGGCACUGCAGUCAGGGGGACUUGAUGCCAACAGACAGGUCUAUGUGUGCGGCGAUCAGCCUGACGCUAAGCGUGCAGUCGAGGCCAUCGCCCAGAAUCUGGGUUUGACCGCCCUGGACAGAGGUUCCCUUCGAGCAGCCAGAGAGCUGGAGGAUCUUCCCUUGGAGCUCUUCCCACUCUGGAGACUUCCUCUAGGCAUCGCUACAGGCCUGACUGCCUUCUUCUUCUUCUACCUUCUCAUACGCGACGUCAUCUACGCUUACGUUAACGACGGGAGAGACAUCUCCUUCCGCAUCAUGAUCACUCUGGCUAAUAAGGUCUUCCCCAUUGUUUCUCUGGUGAUGCUGGCGCUAUGCUACCUGCCAGGUAUCCUUGCGGCAUUUGUGCAGCUUUAUAAUGGCACCAAAUAUCGUCGCUUCCCUGAUUGGCUGGAUCGCUGGAUGCGAUGCAGGAAGCAGAUAGGCCUUUUGGCUCUCGGCUGUGCCCUUCUGCAUGUGCUUUAUACCUGCAUCAUUUCCAUCAGAUACUAUGUUCAGUAUAAGAACAAUGCGGAGCUUAUUGGACUGAUCAAGGAAAAUACAAACCUUACAUUGGAUAAUGCAGAAGCAUGGGCCACAGACUCUUUCUUUGCCCUUGGAGUUCUGGGAUUCUUAAUGUAUGUUUUAUUGGGAAUAACAUCCAUUCCGUCCGUGGGCAGCAGCCUCAACUGGAGGGAAUUCCGCUUUGUCCAGUCUAAAAUAGGUUUUCUGACACUGAUGCUGUGUACUGGACAUUGUCUCCUGUACGCCUGGAAUAAGUUCCUGAAGCCAACCACAUACAAAUGGUACACCCCUCCAGGGUCCAUGCUCUCCCUGGUUGUCCCCUGUUCUGUUCUGGUCCUGAAGCUGAUCAUUAUCUUGCCAUGCGUGAACCGACCCAUCAGCCGUAUACGGCAAGGCUGGGAGAGGAAGAGAAAGUCUGUGUCACAGCAACGUUUUUGA